AUGGCAAAGUCUGGGGUAGGUCCCUCGAAGCCUCAAAGCUCCCGAAAGGUUAAAAAGAAGAAACCGGAUCCGCCUGGUUCGUCUUUUUCGACCGAGGAAUCGCUACAGAAGCUAAGGCAGUGUUGCAGAAUUUCCGAGGCGGUCGAAUUCGUUGCGCCCGAACCCUUCGAUCGUGCCAAUGAGCCUCCACUGAACCAUUUCACAACCUACGAGUGCUUUUUCGAGUUAUGUUAUCUGUGGUUCCCUGUACCCGAGCCGGUUUUGCGAUAUCUUUGGCUGCAUGGGAUCUCGUUGGGGCAGAUCAUGCCACGGGGUCUUUGGCAUAUAAUCGGUAUUUUGGUUCGAGGCGACGAAUGCGGUAUCGAUAUUGGGGUUAACCAUUUUCGUAAUUUUUUGGAGAUCCGACGAUCUUUGAAACCGGGAAGAUAUUACAUCUCGAACAAGAGAUAUUGGAGGAUAAUCGGGGGAUUUCCGAGCAAAGAUAAUUCUUGGGACGAUUAUUUUUUCUACGUUCAUGUGGACGAGACUUCUGUUGGGAAUGACUUCCUUAAUUUAAUCAUGACGGAUUGGGGACCACUUGUUUGCGAUCCGCUCCCGCCGGUUCCCGAAGACAUCGCUCAGACUAAAGAAUACUCGCUGCCCAUAAAGUUGAUUGGACGAAGCAUUUCUCGUUCGGGAGAGUCGAGAAAGCGAGAGCGUUACUUGCCGGAGCCCCUGUUACUUCGGAUUCUUCUACUUCGUCGGACGACACAAUCGGGAGAAUGGUGCGUUUAUCUAUCCGCGACAAAAAGGAGUGAGCCGACAAGGAACAGUGCGGGCGAAGUUCCUAAAGCCGUUAGAACAAACCCAACUGAUGCCGAUGUUUCGGGGAAGACUCCCGAGAUACCCUCAUAUGGAAAGGGUGCCACCGGAUCGUCCGAGGUCCACGCGUCUGGUAGCAAGGGUCGCGUCGUCGUCUUGGGUUUAGCGAGCCGAUCGAGACCUUCUGCUUCCGUCCUGACGAAGCACAAAGGCGGCUCGACUCGGAAACGUUCUUCCUCGGAAGGUGACAAGGAAAAAGAUAGUGUCGCGCCAAAGAAAAGGCGCACAAUACUGAUAGACGGAGAAAUCGCUCCUUCCGUCGUCGAUGAUGCUUUCGCUUCGGCAACUCUCCUAUCGAAGAUCAACAACAAAGGGUUUUUGGCUUCCAUAAACGAGACGAUCUCGGGAUACGAAGCUGACGCUCGCAAGGAUCAACGACGAAUUGAUGAGGCGAGGAAGGACGCUGUCAUGCUUCAGACAAAAUUGGAUGAGGCCGAGCGGAAAUUUUCCUUUGCCAUGGCUCAGGCUAAAGCUCGGAUCAAAGCUCUCGAGACGGAGAAGAAGGCGUUGAAGGACGAGUGUGUUAAGGCCACCGAUAUGGCUGUUCGUCUCGAGGAAUCAAGAGCUAAGAAGGAUGUCGAUAUUGCUUCUUUGCAAAGGCAAUUGACCGAGAAAAACUGUCUUCACGAGGCGAACAUCAAGAGAGCUGUGAAAUCUGCAAGGAGGGAUCUGAUCAAGAAGAUGCGAGGCCGUCUCAGCAGCGCGGAGAAGAACCUCAAAGAUUUGGCCGAUACGAAAGAAAACGAGUUGGAUCUUGCGCAGAUUGACGGCAACCUACAGCUCAUCGAGCUCCUCAAGAAGGACGACGUUCCAACUCUUGACGCCGAAGCGGAGAAGCUGAAACAGUGGUGA